AGCUAUGCUCGAAAAUGGCAGUCGUCAGAUCAUGCUCAUGGCAGAAGAAAAGUCAGAAACUUCUUCCGAGCCAGACAUUGAAACAAUACCUUGGCGAGAGAAGAGAAGCCCAAGCGUUCAGAGAUUAAUCGUCAGGGACACGGAGAAUGCUCUGCAUGCUUUGCGAGUUAUGCAUCAUAAAUUGAACAAGAAGCCAAUCAAACAUCAGAUGGAAGAGAGACGAAGAAUUGCUACAUGA